UCCGGUCAUCAUGAUCAGCUUCAGUCUUCGGAACUUACCUCUAAUCAUAAAGUAAAGCGAAUUGAACAUGAGACGUCGCCGCCCAGCUUGAUAGCGAUGUCGAUAGGAUGUGUGGUAAUCCUCCUCGCCACCGUGAUCAGCUGUGCUCACAUGUGUUCACACUGUGAGCCGUGUUUCACCUGUUCCAAUGGGAAUGAACCUUACCUCUCCAAUCAACAGAUGACGUCACUUAAGCAACAUGAGGCUCGUAUAAGAAGGCUGACGGAACAUCCAGAGCUUCUACAUCGUGAAGAAAAUCAGCAAUAUAUCAUACAACUCACUGAAAAGCAGCUGCAGUCGAUAUACAAGACAUUCUGCUUUUAUUUUGUGGAUACUCCACUGCACCUGAGGGAAAAAAUAGGAGCAUUCGAGAUCGAAGAUGAUCAACUUCUUGAAGGAAAUACAGAAGCUCUACAAGGGAGAUCUCUUCCCGAUGGCGGCAGCAUCAGUCAUACUGCAGGGGCUCAAUCCACAUUCCAGCAUGCAGAUUCACUUUCGGUGGAACGUUCAUCAAGCAAGCCAUUGGAGGAGACUGUGACUCGUUCAAAAGAUAUCUUGCCUGGAAGAUUAGGACUAAAUAGUGGCAAACAACCUUUAGAAGAUAACACAACAGAUGAAAUAGGAAAGCGAGCUUCAGACCAGGAAUUUAAGCAGAGGAAACGUAGACAUGAGAAUGAUGAGGAAGCUGAUGAUCCUGAAACCGAAGAUGGCGAGGGAACCUAUGAUGACGACGAGAGAAGCGAUACUGAAGCUUUUAGUGAAGAAGCAGAAACAAUGUGCUCCGCAAAAGAAGUUGAAUACCCGGUCGUUCUCUACAUCAAUGCUGCUGGAAGUUUGGUCCAACUUAUUCUGAGCGAGUCUUAUUACCAGCCUCUCGUUAAUGAGCGAUGUUCACGUGAGUUCCAUACCGUAAAACGGGAUGACAUGACAGCGACGUGUCUCACUACCUAUCGCCUGGCGCAAGUCUACGCUCUGAAUCUAGCAACUCUCCAGUUUGGGCGGGAAAUUAUAAGAAUAACGCAGUGUACACCAGUCAUCAUAGCAACAUCAUAAAAGGAGACAUUCAUUAAUUAAUUUGGUAUUUGUGUACAGCUUAAUUUAAACUAAGCUUCACACAAACAGAAGAGAGA